GGCGUCCCUGAACACAUCGUGCUGCUCGCAAGGACCGCUGGUAGCCAUCAGGGUCCGGCCCCUGGGUGGGUGGGGACUGCAUGUGAUGGAUGGGCACCUCCACAGAGCUCCACAGCCGAGUACUCUCGUCUCGCAUUUGUCACUUGCUGCUCCGCACAAGAACCAACCCCGGACCAGCCCGGACCCGCUAGAACUCGCAGUCGAUCAUCGGUCGGCUCAUCGUCAGAUGUUUCCAUGAGGAGGAAGUGAUCCGUCCAUCUUGCAAGCCUCUGAAGGAAUUUCUUUCGCUGUGUUUUCCCGGAAAAGUUUCCAGCGGCACCGCAGCUGGAGUCUGCAGAUGGGAAGAAGCUACCGGAGAGGCGCACUUUGUUCCGGAGAUCUCCUAACAUGGCUCCACCGUCACUGAGGAGGUGAAGUCGGCUCGCAGUCCACCACCUUCGCCACCUACGCCCGCUUAGCAGCUCCGCCUUCAUUCCCUACUCCGAGCGUCUGCAUCCAUCCAAUAUGGCAUCCAGUCUGACGUGUGCGGGCGUGCUGUGGGCGCUGCUGUCCCUGUUGUGCGCCGCCGCCUCUUGCGUUGGAUUCUUCAUGCCCUACUGGCUGCUGGGAGCGCAGAUGGACAAGCCGGUGUCGUUUGGCACCUUCCGCCGGUGUUCCUACCCGGUGCGGGACGAGGAGAGGCAGACCACGGUGAUGCUGGAGCAGUGCGGCCGCUACGCCUCCUUCAGCGGCAUUCCCAGCGUGGAGUGGCGCAUCUGCACGGUGGUGACGGGCGUCGGGUGUGGCCUCCUCCUGCUGGUGGCGCUCACCGCACUCAUGGGGUGCUGCAUCUCAGACCUCAUCUCGCGUACAAUUGGCCGUGUGGCCGGAGGCAUCCAGUUUCUUGGAGGCCUCCUCAUCGGAUCCGGCUGUGCGCUCUACCCGCUGGGAUGGGACAGCGAGGAGGUGCAGCAGACGUGCAACAACAGCUCGGACCAGUUUCAGCUCGGUUCCUGCCAGAUCGGCUGGGCCUACUACUGCACAGGGGCGGGGGCGGCGGGCGCCAUGCUGCUGUGCACCUGGAUGUCGUGUUUCGCCGGCAAGAAGCAGAAGCACUACCCGUACUGAACGAUGGUCCCAGGCUCUCCGGGUGCCAGUUGGAGCACGGGAAGACCCCACUCGUCCAGCAAACUGCAGGGACUUUUUCAUAAUGCAGCACACACACACACACACACACACAUGUCAUGUUAUUCUGAGGACCAGUCCUGUUUUUAAUCCUUAAUUUGACGAGACGACAUCUAUCUCUCUUUGUCUUCCUCCUUGAUGUUGCCGUGAUGUGCGCCCCGUGAUGAAGACCAUAAUAGCCAUUUCAUCGUAACGUGACGUGUUCCCGUGUCUUCCCGGCGUCUCAUCCUUGCCUUAAAAACACCCCCCCCCCCCCAACGCAAUAAUCCCCACACAAAAAAUGAAGCAGGUCCAAAAGAAGGAAGUAUAAUGAGAUGUAUGUUGUGAAUGAUGGUGUAUUUUUACCACAUUAGCACGUUUUCUUUGUUUUGGUACUUGUAAAUAAAUGUUUAUUGAAAA